GCAAGCGUGAACACAAAUAAAAAACUAGUAUGCAUUCGUUCGCUCGGAAAAGAGGAAGAGGGGAGAGUCUUGGCGGGUGAAUUUAACACUGUGAUAUUUGUGAACGUUUUGUUGACGCUCCCUUGGCCGCCACCAAGAGCGGUGGCGACGCGCAGUCAGUGCAACACCAUCGCUUGAAUGACAACGCACAAGCCAGACGCACAGCGGAAAUUUCUUAUGAAUUUUACAUCGGCGGUUGGUUCUGUAAAACAAGUCAUCCUGGGAUUACCCAAGUAGCGGAUUUUUGUGGAGUUGCUGUCUCUGAAUCGGAGCAAUGCCAGAAUAAUGAAGAGAUGACCGUCCGUGGUGACCGCUUGUACUGCUGAGCUGUGGGCUGGCGGUAGAUGAGGCCGUCGUCAUGCCCCCAGGGAAGUAUGGGAUGGAGGAGGAGUGGGAGGCGGAGGGGAACGCCGACAUCAUGGUGGACUUCCUGCUCCCGACCGGCAUCUUCCUGGAGUUCCCGGUGUCUCGCAACGACACCAUCGCCGACAUCAAGAAGUUGGUGUGGAGGAGAGCCAGCAGCGAGCCCCUGUUCAACGCGCUGGGCGACCCCGCCUCCUACGUCUUCGUGUGCAUCAGCUCAGCGGCGGAGCGCCUGGAGCUGGAGGCGGAGCACCGGCGCCUGGCCGACGUGCGGCCCUUCGCCUGCUUCCUGCAGCUGGUGGCCCGGGAGGGGGACCGCGCCGAGAAGCUGGCCAACGCCCAGAUCAGCCUGCUCAUCGGGAAAGGCAUCAACGAGUUCGAGGCGCAGAAGAACCACGAGGUGAGCGAGUUCCGCGCGCGGCUGCGGGCGUUCUGCGAGGAGAAGGCUCUGCAGCAGCAGGCGCUGCCCUGGUUCCAGUGGAUGGAGUGUAACUUCCCCUGCGACCUGGAGCCCUGCCGCGCGCUGCCCUCCCGCGGGGGCGGGGCCAAGGCCCCCAAGAAGAUCUUCAUCAACAUCCAGUUCGAGGGCAGCGACGAGAGCUUCAUGCUCCAGCAGGACCCCCAGGAGCCCCCCCUCGCCCUGAUCCGCAGCGCGCUGAAGAAGAAGGCCACGGUGUUCCGCUGGGUGCGGCAGGAGGCCGAGGACUACACCCUGAGGGUCAACGGGCGCUGGGACUUCCUCUACGGGGACCACCCCAUGUGCCAGUUCAAGUACAUCUUCUCGUGCCUGCGGGACGGCCAGAACCCCCAGCUGACCAUGGUGUACCACAGCACCAUCAGGGCCUACCAGGAGGACCAGGGCAGCGCCUGGAGGCAGGGCUCCAAGAGCUCCACCUCAGCCUCUAAACCCCCCCCGCUGCCCCUGAAGAAGCAGAACACCACGCUGCUGUGGACCAUCAGCGAGCCGCUGUGCAUCCACCUGCUGCAGGGCAGCCGGGUCAACGCCGACGAAGGCAUGAAGCUGGUGGUGCAGGCGGGCCUGUUCCACGGCAGCGAGCUGCUGUGUAAGCUGGUGACCAGCUCUGAGGUGGCGGUGGGAUCGGACCCCGUGUGGAACCAGAGGCUGGAGUUCGACAUCAACGUGGCCGACCUGCCGCGCAUGAGCCGCCUCUGCAUCGCGCUGUACGCCGUCGUGGAGAAGGCCAAGAAACCCCGGGGCACCAAGAAGAAGAGCAAGAGGGCCGACUGCCCCAUAGCCUGGGUGAACACCAUGGUGUUUGACUACAAAGACCAGCUGAAGACCGGGGAGUUCCUUCUGUCCAUGUGGCCCUCUAUCCCAGAUGAUAAGAGCGAGCUGCUGAACCCCAUGGGCACCGUGGAGAAGAACACCAACGUGGACAGUGCCGCCGCGCUGCUCAUCCACUUCCCCAGCGUCCGGCCGCAGCCCCUCUACUACCCCCCCCACGACAAGAUAAGUUGCAUGGAGGCUAACGGGGACAUGCCUUCACCCACGAAGGAAGAGCACGCGAGGCUGAAGGAGAUCAUGGACAAUAAGAACCACACAGAGUUCUUUGAGGACGAGAAGGAGCUGCUAUGGAAGCUGCGGGGGGCGGUGCAGAGCCUGUACCCAGAGAGCCUCUCCAAGCUGCUGGUCAUCACCAAGUGGAACAAACGGGAGGACGUGGCGCAGAUGGUGGGUCUGUUGCGGGCGUGGCCCGAGCUCUCGGGGCUCCACGCUCUGGAGCUGCUGGACUACAGCUUCCCCGACCCCUCCGUCCGGGCCUUCACCGUCAAGUGCCUCAAGAAACUCGGGGACAGAGAGCUGCUGCAGUACCUCAUCCAGCUGGUGCAGGUGCUGAAGUACGAGUCGUACCUGGACUGCGACCUCACCUCCUUUCUGCUGGAGCGGGCUCUGUCCAACAAACGCAUCGGCCACUUCCUCUUCUGGCAUCUCAGGUCGGAGAUGCACGUGUCCUCGGUGAGCCUGCGGUUCGGUCUGAUCCUGGAGGCCUACUGCAGGGGCAACAUCCACCACAUCAGGAGCCUCACCAAGCAGAACGAGGCCCUGGGGAAGCUGAAGGCCCUGAGCGACAUCGUGAAGUCGGGCUCCCAGAAGAUGAGCGCCGACGACCUGAAGCUGUGCAUCAAGCAGGACUCCUACAUGGAGGCGCUGUCUGACCUGCUGUCCCCCCUCAACCCAAGCAUCAUCCUCUCAGAGAUCUGUGUGGAGAAGUGCAAGUACAUGGACUCCAAGAUGAAGCCUCUCUGGUUGAUGUACAAAAACCAGUGGGUCCCCGGAGACCUGAUGGGCAUCAUCUUCAAGAACGGAGACGAUCUCCGUCAGGACAUGCUGACCCUGCAGAUGAUCCAGCUCAUGGAGAACCUGUGGAAGAAAGAGGGUCUGGAUCUUAGGAUGAUCCCGUACGGCUGUCUGUCCACGGGGAACAAGAUGGGUCUGAUCGAGGUGGUGAAGAACUCGGACACCAUCGCCAACAUCCAGCGGGACAACAGCAACAGCGCGGCCACGGCGGCCUUCAACAAGGACGCCCUCCUAAACUGGCUCAAGUCCAAGAACCCCGAGCAUAAGCUGGAACAGGCGAUCGAGGAGUUCACGCUGUCCUGCGCUGGCUACUGCGUGGCCACGUACGUCCUGGGCAUCGGAGACCGUCACAACGACAACAUCAUGAUCAGGGAGACAGGACAGCUGUUUCAUAUAGACUUUGGCCACUUCCUGGGAAACUUCAAAAGGAAGCUUGGCAUUAACCGGGAGCGUGUGCCGUUCAUCCUGACCUACGACUUCGUCCACGUCAUCCAGCAGGGAAGGACCAACAACAGCGAGAAGUUUGAGAGGUUCAGGGACUACUGCGAGCGCGCCUACAAGAUCCUGUGUCGGAACGGGACUCUGUUCGUCAACCUCUUCGCCAUGAUGAAGGCAGCGGGACUGCCAGAGCUCUCCUCGUUCAAGGACAUACAGUACCUUAAGGACUCUUUGGCGUUGGGGAAGACGGAGGAGGAGGCUCUGAAAAGCUUUAAGGUGAAGUUCAACGAGGCUCUGAGGGAGAGCUGGAAGACCAAGGUCAACUGGAUGAUGCACUCCCUGGCCAAAGACAAGAGGCCGUGAGCCCCCAGGCCGGAGGAGAGGAGACCCCCGUAGCCACCUGCCCCCCUGGGGUGUAUUCUAUGGGACCAAAUAUGGGGAAAAUGCACUGAAAAGAUUCAACUUCACGGAUGCCAUUUAGAGAACUUCAAUGAAUGUUUACGCCUGAGUUGCCAGGUUCCCCUAAAGCUAAGCUGAACUAGCUUCUGCCAUCUCGAGGGAUAACGAUAUAUAUUAACGAGACGGACGAACGGGAUGACGUCAAUAAGGUCUCGGAGGACGGGUAUUCAUUAGCGCCUUCUAUUCUUUCGUCUAACAGAAGGCAGAUUUUCCUCGGCCGUUUGAGGUGUUUCAAUGCAUUGCUUACGAGUUACUUAUGGACGAAAACUUGUAUGUACAAAAGCCCAGCAAACUGACUCUAAUGCAUCCCUCGACGGAGAAGACUGCAAGAGUAUUCUAUGGUUUUGGAAGACCCCAUUCCCCUUAAGGUUUACAUCAUGUUCUGCCAUUUCAAGUGCAUUUCCCCUCAACAUAUCAAGUUAGAUUAUGAUUUAUAUAAGAUAUCAUCAGGGUAUUCUGAGGAACUUGUGUAGGUUUUAUUAUUUUUCAUGCUUCGAUACAUGUUUUUUCACUUUUGCCUUCAAAACUUUGAAAAUUGCCUCACAGUAUGACCUUUAGAGAAGUAAUAAUAAUAAUAAUAUUAAGAAGAACUGAAUAUUAAACUAAAGUAUUUCCUAAUGAUUAAGCCAUCGUAUCGAAAGCAAUCAUACCCAUCCUCUAAAUUGUGGAUGUAUUUUGUGAAUUGAAAUCAGAUGAUUCUCACGACCCGGACCCACACAGCAACCUGGUGCCAGUCGAACCAAGAGCCCCUCUCAGACUGGAGCUGGGACAUGAUAAUAGUGUGUGUGUGUGUGUGUGUGUGUGUGUGUGUGUGUGUGUGUGUGUGUGUGUGUGUGUGUGUGUGUGUGUGUGUGUGUGUGUGUGUGUGUGUGUGUGUGAGAUGUUACCAAUUCAUUUAUUUCAAUGCGUAGAAUGUCAGCUGCCUCUGUGCUUUUGCAUAGUUUAUGUUAAUGCCAUGACUGCUCUGUUGUCUAAGCCCUCUUAUGCACCCAAUGUGCUUUCAGAAAGUAUUUAAAGAAAUACAUGUUUUUAUUAAAUAGAGGGGGGGGGGGGGGGGGGGAGAUGUGUGUCUAAGAUAUGGUGGUGGUAAGAUACCACUGCCACCACUGCCAAUUCAAUGUUUAGUGCUGCUGAGUGCAAUAUCCCUUGAUAAACAUCUGGUUAAACUAUU